CUCGAUAAAGACGGUCAAAUUAGUCUAAGGAGUUGGAAAUAGGUCGUUGUUUGUUUCAGUUUAUUUUUGAAAUCCAAGUGAAAAAACCGUUAGCAAACAUGUGUUUCUUGGAGAAAUUUGACAUCGGUGACAUUUGAAGAAGGACAUAAAAUCGAUGUCUUGAAAAAGUGACAUUCUUAAGAGUCGAAUGAGCGCAUGUGCCUUUGCGUGGGUUUUUUCCUUCGUUCGUGAACUAGAAUCCGGUAGGCUGGAAGCUGUAUCCCGAGCCUGUCUGUGAUGAGAAACAUCUGAUUUAUAUUGCUGCAUGGUCGGCUUUUGAAGUCCUGAAGCAGGUGAAGAAAAAAAAAAUCAUUCAUUCUUAGUCUCAAGUGAUAAGUGAGGGUGAAAAUCGAUUUUGCGAAUAAUUUUCAAGCAAAAGAAUAUUCUCUGUUGGUGAUCGAGCAAGAACCGAACCGAAAAAACUGGAAGCGGACACUUCUGCCGGAAAUCGAUCCGAGAUGGGUGUGAAUGAUAUCGAUGUGCCAGAGGAUGUGCUUACAUCAUCCACCUCCAAGAUGGACCGGGGGAUGUUGCAGCGAAUUUUCGAGAAAACCGAACCCAAUUUGGUGAUCGAUUCGUACGAAGAAGGUAAGGGCUCUGGUCGUGGAGACAACUACACGGCCGCCCUAUUUCGGAUCGCACUUAAGGGUCACAUACGGCAAAAUAGCAGCGAGUCCUCGAAAAAGCUACGCUGGGAACGCACCGUCAUCUGCAAACGGCUUCCCGAUUGUAAGAUCAAACGAGAAGCCUUCAAGAGUGAGGCCUUGUUCCGGAAUGAAGUUGAGUUCUACAAUUCUAUUAUGCCUGAGUUUGAGGCAUUUCAGCGGCGCUUGAUUGGGGCGGGGGAUGGUGGAAGGAUGAUUUUCAAAGCCGUUCCUCGUUGUUAUUUGGCUCAAGAUGAUCUGAUUAUGCUGGAGGAUUUAAGGGUGCGAUACUUCAGUAUGCCGGACCGAUUGGCCGGGCUAGGCUUGGCACAGAUGAAGGAGGUUAUGAUUGAGCUGGCGAAGUUCCACGCCGUUAGCCUCGCUUACAAACGACAGGAACCGGACAAGUUCAACCGGUUAGUUUCGAGCAUUUCGGAAGGUAUUUUCUCCAAGACAAAUGCCGAAUGGUACAAGAAUUACUACGAUAUUUUGACGAAGAACGCCAUCCAGAUGGUGGUGCAAACGAUUCCAGGGAAAACCAAAUAUUUGGACAAGUUGAAGCGGUUUCUUAGCAAUUGUUUCGGAAAUAUGGUGGAGUUGACUGGUCGGGAAAGUAAACUGUCAGUCAUUUGCCACGGUGAUUGUUGGACAAACAACAUUCUUUUCAAAUACGAUGAUGAUGGGAAUAUUACUGAGACAUGCAUCGUCGAUUUCCAACUGGUCCGGCAUGGAUCCCUAGCCUUGGAUCUAACCUAUCUUAUCUACUGUUGUACGGAAGGGUCCGUUCGAAAGGAUAAUCUUCAAAAAUGGCUACAAACUUACGGUGAGCAGCUGGGAAAAUCGCUCAAACUGCUGGGAUCCUUCCAGGACUUUGCUGUCGAUGAACCGGACCUUCAACGCCAGAUCGACGAGGAGUUCCGGGCUUAUGCUCGGUUUGGCUUGGGCGCAGCCAUGGAUAUGUUGCCUAUCAGUACCUGUUCGUCUGAGGAGGCGCCCGAUUUGUACGUAAGUGGUUCCGAAAUGGCAACGACCCCACCGGAAUUGAACGUACCUCCGAACGAGCUUUGCCGACAAAAGAUGACUGAUAUUGUGCUAGAAUUGGUUGACGGUGGAAUGCUCUAGGCUGUGUUGAGAGCAGUUUGAAAAUUUAAAUUUCACAAAAAGGAAUCUCUAAUUUAUUUAAGUUCCCCACUAUAAAUUGAUUGUGAUGUGACAAUAAAUGCAAACACCCGUAUGGUAUAGCUA